UACUUCCAAUGGAAACGGAACAUUAAAUUUGAUCUGUACCGGAGUGAAACCGAAUUGAGGGUUUCGAUGGAAACUAGACCACUGUGACCGAGUGGCCGCCUCAUUCUUCUCCCUCCCAGAACACACACAGGCGAUUUUGAAGGAGAGAGUCCCGCGUUUCGGUGUGUGUUACGUCUUGUACGAUUAUUAUCUAAAACUUCACAAUGCCGCUGGAAAAUUUAGAAGAAGAGGGUUUGGAGAAGAACCCGAAUCUCGAGUUGGCUCAAAUGAAGUUUUUGCUGAGCCUUCCCGAGCACAAAGACGAACCUUUCCUGAAGACGAAACUUCUUGAUGCCAUCAAAAACGAUAACAUGGCUCCGUUCUACGAAGAAGUUUGCAAAGAUUUGGAGUGGGAAGUAGAUGAAGCAUUUCUUGCGACAAUGAAGGCGCACAAUGAGGAACAGUUGAAAAAACUGGAUGAUGCUAUUGAAGACGCUGAGAAAAAUUUAGGAGAAAUGGAGGUUCGAGAUGCCAAUUUAAAGAAAUCCGAAUAUCUCUGUCGAAUAGGCGAUAAGGAAGGUGCAAUCUCAGCGUUUAGGAAAACCUAUGACAAAACGGUAUCGUUAGGGCAUAGACUAGACAUUGUGUUUCACAAUAUUAGAAUCGGACUGUUCUACCUAGAUCAUGAUCAUGUCACGAGAAAUAUCGAAAAAGCUAAAAGUUUGAUAGAAGAAGGUGGCGACUGGGACAGACGAAAUCGCUUGAAAGUCUAUCAGGGAACAUACUGCAUAGCAGUUCGCAACUUCAAAGAGGCCGCAAACUUUUUCUUGGACACAAUUAGCACGUUUACAAGUUACGAACUUAUGGAUUACAAUACCUUUGUAAGAUACACAGUAUAUCUGAGCAUGAUAAGUCUCCCGCGAAAUGAGCUGAGAGACAAGAUCAUCAAAGGCUCCGAGAUAUUGGAGGUUCUUCACAGCAAUCCAGAUGUCAAGGAUUAUCUGUUUUCGUUGUACAACUGUCAUUACGCGGACUUCUUCAAGAAUCUCGCGCACGUUGAAGGUCUGCUACGACGAGAUUACUUAGUAUUCCCCCAUUAUCGGUAUUACGUUCGGGAAAUGAGAAUUCUCGCUUACACUCAGUUGCUGGAAUCUUACCGAUCUUUGACUCUGCAGUACAUGGCCGAAGCGUUUGGUGUUACAGUAGAAUAUAUCGAUCAGGAAUUGUCACGUUUUAUAGCAGCAGGUAGAUUACACUGCAAAGUCGACCGAGUUGGCGGUGUAGUCGAAACGAAUCGACCGGACAGCAAAAACUGGCAGUACCAAGCAAUGGUGAAACAAGGAGAUCUUCUGCUCAACAGGGUGCAGAAAUUGUCGCGCGUUAUUAAUAUUUAAGUCAGUAAUAUGUUAAUAUAUUAUCGCAAAGAAAUACAUCAUGUUCUUAAAUUUAACACGAUUAAAUUUGACCACUUAACAUAUUCGUUCAUUAUGUACAUUUCUUUUAAAGAGCUUGUAUAUUCUGUUUUAGCUCCAGUUUUUGUAACGAUAAAGAAUCGGUAAUUGUUUGCUCUUUUGUAAAUGAAAUAUAUUUUAAAAUAUUCCUCGAA